AUGGCCCUGGAGCUAGCUGGCCUGUUGGGUCUGACGGGGCCUGCUGCUGCCCCGGGAUCGUUGGAUCUCGGGAUCGAGCUGACGGUCCGCCGCGAGGCGAGCUACCGUCUGUCCCAGCCCCUGCCUCUCGGCAUCCCCUCGAUGCUCUUAGCUGAGUGCUUGGGUGAGGCAGAUGCGAACCAGAACAAUGGCUGCGUCUCGGAGAAGCCGGCGGUGACUGACUCCACGGGCGCUGAGGGCCCCCGCCAGCCCUGGACCCCCGCCAGCACAGCUGACCCUGACGCCGCCACACCACGCCCCCACCUGGCCCGCCUCUUCUCCCGAGAUGCCCCGGGCCGAGAGGACAACACCUUCAAAGACCGACCCUCCGAAUCGGACGAGCUGCAGACCAUCCAGGAGCACAACGGAGCGGCUUCAGAGUGCGGGUCGGAGAGCCCCGAACAGGACUUAGAUUAGGCUAGCUUUUUUUUUCUUCCUUUCUCCUCUCUUUUUCCUCCUCUGUCCUCUGCGCUCUCAUUUAAGGGAGACACAAAACCCCAACAUUUGACAAACACAAA